CUCUCUCUCUCUCUCUCUCUCUCUACAGAAGAGUGUGUGUUUGUGUGUUGAGUGCCGAUGGAUUUGCGUGUUGGUGAGCGUGUGAUGCACUCAGGUUCAGACACACUGCUGUCACCGCUGCUGCUCAGUCCAUUUAACCAUCAACACUGUGCACAGUACAACCAACACCUCCGGUUGAACAUGCAGCAGCAUCUGCGAGAUCAAGAGCAAACAAAACAGCAGCUACAGAUGAUACGACACAAAGAUAAGAGUCAGCAGAGUGCUGUGGCCAGUUCUGUGGUGAAGAAGAAGUUAGCUGAAGUGAUUCUGAAGAAGCAGAAACAAGCAGCGCUGGAGAGGACGAGCUCAAACCCACUCACCAACACCCCUGUGGCCUACAGAGAGUUGGCUCCAGAUCCCAACGUCCCUCUGCAGCCGCUAUUCUCGUCUCCUUCACAGACAUUCAGUGAUGGAGCAGAAGAUCCUCCUCUACGGCGAGCAACCUCGGAGCCAAACCUGAAGAUGAAGCUGAAGAAGCAUCUACACACUCGGAAAAGUCCUCUAACACGGAAGCAGAGUGCGCCGCCCACCAUCAAACCCCACAGACCUGACACACUUGACUCGUCUCCCAGCAGCAGCAGUACUCCUGUAUCAGGCUGCAGUUCUCCUAAUGACACGAUACCCAGUGAGAACGGAGUGCUGCCCCCUUCCAGCAUGCCACAUGAGGCUCAUAGGGUGUUACUCUCUGAUGGAUCUGUAGCUCAUUUCUCUGUACCAACUCUUUCCACCCUCCCUACCAUCACGCUGGGACUUCCAGCUCAUGCCAAGGCAGAUGGGGAACUGGGUUCUAUGAAAAUCGGUCAGGUUCCUCUGGUAUCAUCGAGUUCACCUCUGUUGGUUCCUCUGGGUGUUGAGGAGCAGAACCUGGUGCAGCACGUCCUUAUCCUGGAGCCAUCUGGACUUGUCCGCACUCCACUUCUCACUGUUCCAGGUUUGGCUCCAGUACCUUUGCAUGUCGGCACCACUCACAAACCCCUGAGCCGCACACGAUCUGAGCCAUUGCCCCCUAGCCCCCGUGCCAUACACACACAACUGCUGCAAAAGCAACACAGCACACAACUACUGGAAAGAUUAAAACAACAAACACACCUUGGCAAGCUCAUGUCAAAGUCGAGUGAGAAGCCACGCCUCUCUCAGAUCCCCUCUGAGGACAUGGACUCUGACGAGGUGGGGACAUCAUCCAGCACUGCCAAUAAGAGCCGAGCAGAGUCACAGAGGGAGGCAGAGACUCAGGACGAGCAGCUCAGCCUUCAGCAAACCCUCAUUCUCAACCAGUCACGUCUUUGGGAGACGCAGAAACAGCUGCAGCAGCUGCGCAGACACACGGCCCAAAUGGCAUUACCCAUGAUGCUCAGUGGCAUGCACCGCCCACUUGCACGUACACAGUCCUCACCAGCCUCCACCUCACACACACUGCCUGACAAAACACUGCCAAUCACCACGGCAACCGAGCCCAACCACACCCAAUCGCGCUUUACCACAGGCUUGGUAUAUGACUCUCAAAUGUUAAAGCACCAGUGUACGUGUGGAGAUAACAACUCUCACCCAGAGCAUGCUGGGAGAAUUCAGAGCAUCUGGUCUCGACUGCAGGAACGCGGACUAAGAGUGCAGUGCGAGAGUAUCCGUGGUCGUAAGGCGACUCUGGAGGAGUUACAGUCGGUUCAUACAGAGCGUCAUGUUCUCCUCUAUGGAACAAACCCACUAAACCGUCUCAAACUGGACAAUCGCAACCUCACUGGCAUUUUGUCCCAGAGGAUGUUCGUCAUGCUGCCAUGUGGUGGUGUGGGGGUGGACAAUGACACCAUCUGGAAUGAGAUGCACACCUCCACAGCAGCUCGCACAGCAGCAGGCAGUGUUACAGAACUCGCUUUCAGAGUGGCCAAGGGAGAACUUAAGAACGGUUUUGCUGUUGUCAGACCACCAGGACACCAUGCUGACCCAUCAAACCCAAUGGGUUUUUGUUAUUUUAACUCGGUGGCCAUUGCUGCUAAACAGCUCCAGCAGAAGUUGAACAUUAAUAAAAUCCUCAUUGUUGAUUGGGAUGUUCACCACGGAAAUGGCACUCAGGAGAUUUUCUACUCCGACCCCAGUGUGCUGUACAUCUCUCUACAUCGCUAUGACAAUGGGAACUUCUUCCCUGGUAGUGGUGGUCCAGAAGAGGUGGGCUCUGGUGCAGGUGAAGGAUUUAAUGUAAACGUGGCCUUUGCUGGUGGUCUCGACCCUCCGAUGGGUGAUGCUGAAUAUCUCGCUGCAUUCAGGAUGGUUGUAAUGCCCAUCGCUCAGGAUUUCUCCCCAGACUUGGUGCUUGUCUCAGCAGGGUUUGAUGCUGCAGAGGGACACUUGGCUCCGUUAGGGGGAUACAGAGUCACCGCCAAGUGUUUUGGGUUCUUGACCCAGCAGUUGAUGAAGUUAGCAGGAGGUCGUGUGGUUUUGGCUCUAGAGGGGGGUCACGACCUCACAGCAAUCUGUGAUGCGUCAGAGUCGUGUGUUAGUGCACUGCUGGGGCUGGAGGAUCCUUUGCCAGAGGAAGUGCUGAAUCAGAAACCCAACGCUAACGCAGUGCAGUCACUACAGAAAGUCCUGCACAUACAGAGUGAGUACUGGCCAUGUGUGAGGGAGAUGAUGACGUCUGUGAGUUCAUCGUAUGUCGGUGCUCAGAAGGGAGACAGUGAAGAAACUGCUGCAGUGAAAGCUCUCGCCUCGCUCUCUGUCGGGGUCCUGAACAAUAUCAAGAGAGUCUGUGAUGAACCAAUGGAGGACUAGAGGACUGCGACAGCUCACACUCUCUUACUGCCUUAUGACCUGCAGUGCCUUCAAUGGACAGGGCUGUGUGUGGUGAUGUCACUUCCUGUUUACUCCUGUGCUAAUUCUCCUGUGUGACUUCAGUGGUGUAGCUAAUCUCCACCAGACCCUGUGGAUUCCACAACGUUCCCUACAUCCAUUUAUGUCCAGUGAAGAACAGUUCUUAAUGAGGCUCAAAUGACUUUCCUCUGUUUUUUGAUGUUCUGUUUUCGGCCAUCACGUGAAGAACAUAAGGAGAAAACUCAUCACACCAUAUUUUGUUUCCUGGUUAUUAUUGGACUGUUACCAUGUGGACAUGAUCUCACACCUUGAUGCUGUCACCUCCUCCAACAUUAACCACUAAUGAAGAUACAGAAGGAGCUGACGUUUAUUCCCCACCUUUGCACUGUGCAUCCAUGAUGUGAACUGUGAUGUUUAUCUCCACACUCUGGGAAACGUUCUGUACAGUGACUUUAAUUACAGAGAAGAUAAGUUCACUUACACACACAGCAGUUACAGCAGUUACAAUGACAAUGUGUCGUAUUGACAGACAGUCAGGAAGUCGUGUCUCGUCCCUGCACACUGCGUUAAAGCAUUAGGUUAAAAUUACACACGCGUUCAGACUCCUGCAUUUACAGGAAGUAAAGGAACAGGAAGUGUAAGUGACUUGUGAUAGGAGCCGGAGUCACUUCCUGUUUCACAUGAAGCCUUGAUUCAGAUCACUCAAUAUUUUAAAUUGAUUUGAAUUUAUACAAAACUAUAAAUAUAAGAUUUCUUGUGCAGCAGCAAGUCAGUGUGUUUGUGCUUCCAGUGCAGCGGCAGAACUGCUGAAACUGUGAUGGGGCACAAAGGUAAGGGCAGUGAUGGGGCACAAGGUUAAGGGCAGUGAUGGGGCACAAGGUUAAGGGCAGUGAUGGGGCACAAGGUUAAGGGCAGUGAUGGGGCACAAGGUUAAGGGCAGUGAUGGGGCACAAGGUUAAGGGCAGUGAUGGGGCACAAGGUUAAGGGCAGUGAUGGGGCACAAAGUUAAGGGCAGUGAUGGGGCACAAAGGUAAGGGCAGUGAUGGGGCACAAAGGUAAGGGCAGUGAUGGGGCACAAAGUUAAGGGCAGUGAUGGGGCACAAGGUUAAGGGCAGUGAUGGGGCACAAAGGUAAGGGCAGUGAUGGGGCACAAAGGUAAGGGCAGUGAUGGGGCACAAAGGUAAGGGCAGUGAUGGGGCACAAAGUUAAGGGCAGUGAUGGGGCACAAGGUUAAGGGCAGUGAUGGGGCACAAAGUUAAGGGCAGUGAUGGGGCACAAAGUUAAGGGCAGUGAUGGGGCACAAAGGUAAGGGCAGUGAUGGGGCACAAGAGAAGACACCCGCAGAAAUAAGGGUGUGAAACACACAAUGUGCUCCAGUAAAUCAGAUUUAUGUGAUCAGAUCAGUAAAUCAGAUCAGACUUCAUCUACAUGAAGAGAAACUGAGCUUUAUGAAGGUUUACAACAUGUUUUUAUUCAUUAAUGUUGACGUGACUCCAGGGAACAAAAACAAGGUGAGAUUUGACACCACAGUGUUUUAUUCUCCAACCAGAAGUGUGUGUGUAAAUUUAUUGUAUCUGCCUUUCAAACUUGUUUAAAUGAUUAUAAUGUAAAUUGGUAUGAAACUUGCAGCUCUGUAAUGUGUGUGUGUGUGUGUGUGUGUGUGUGUGUGUGUGUGUGUGUGUGUGUGUGUGUGUGUGUCUUUUCUCUGGGGACAAUUUGUGUUUGAGGAAAAGAAAAUGAAACAGACCAAAAUAUUUGUGUAUUUUAUAGCAGUGAUAAAAAAACUAAAACCACUAACCUUCUCAAGGAUGUAAUGUUUUUCACCCCAGGAAGAAUCACACACGUGUGUAAGGGGUUGUUGGUGUCUUUAGAUGUGACCUGAUUGAAAGCACUUGAUGUCACCUAAAGAUUUCUAAAUGUUUGUCUACAAACAAAAAAUGUUUAAAAGCGUCUGACGAGCGGCGAACUGUUGGGUUUUAGAGAAACAUGAACCUCCUCUUUAUUUUCACUAAACACUGAGUUCAUAUCUGUCUGUGUUCAGUUGUGUGUGUGUGUGUGUGUGUGUGUGUGUGUGUGUGUGUGUGUGUGUUUGUGUGUGUGUUGUGACAACUCUGGGUGUGUAUUAGCCCAGGAGAACCUGCACAUCAUCUGAUUUAAGUUUAACACACGUCUCUGACGCAGCUGUAUGUUACGUUUUACACUCCUCAUUUAUUCAAAGUGAUUCUGACUUUCAGGAACAGUCACAGUUUAAUCUGGAGUUUAAUCUGGAGUUUAAUCUGGAGUUUAAUCUGGAGUUUAAUCUGGAGUUUAAUCUGGAGUUACAGCCGGGAUUUCAGUGUCACAGUUUUAACGGCUCAUGUUUACUGAAGAAACUGUAAAAAAUUUAAUAACCUGUGUUAAGUUGUGAAGGAAGUCAAUUUUUCCUGUGAAGUACAGAGCUAUGUGUGUGUGUGUGUGUGUGUGUGUGUGUGUGUGUGUGUGUGUGUGUGUGUGUGUGUGUGUGUACAUACCCUAGUUGACUUUAUGACACAUUCGAGGUCUAACGCCGAGCCACUGAUAUCUUUAAGUCUUCAUCAUUUUUUCAUGUCCUAUAAUUGUUCGUUCUAAAGCCUUAAUGUAAAUAUCGCUGCAGACCAAAAGUCAUUUCUGUGCCUUUUUCUGUCACUAACAGCAGAUUAAUGAUUUUAUUCCUUUUCCUUUUGUAACCCUGUGUAUAGAAAAGAUUCUCUAUUUUGUACUUUCUAUCUCGUGCAAAAGAAAUAAAGCAUUUUGUUUUGCCAAA